UGGUAGCCCACAAGGAACCAUAUUUUGGCCCAUAUGGCUGGGGGAAGGGGAAAGGGCAAGUGGCGGAUUUUAGGGUUUGGGUAAAUCUGAUCCAAAUUUCAGUUACUUGUCUAGUAAACAGAGUUUGGGAGGGAACUCUCUCUCUCUGAUUGGGUUUCACUCUCUCUCUCAUAGAUCUCCAUCGGGUAACCAUGUUUCGGUGAACACAUUUUGUUUAUCUGCGUAAGUACCCAAUUGUGGAUCUUACUCCAUGCCUGCUAUGAUGAAGAAUUCUGAAGGCAAUCACAUUGAGAAUGUGUUCAACAAGUUGCUCAAGGACAUAGGAAGCCCUGUUGAUUUUAGACUCCCAGAUUACUUAUACAAAACAAGGCUAUUUCCAACCUAUACUUUUAUAAAGCGCAAUAUAUAUCUCACCAAGAAAAAGAAGAUUAAAAGACGACCAGAAGAUGAUGGCAUAUUCUGUUCAUGCGGUUCGUCAUCAGAGUCUUCAGUGUGCGGUAGAGAUUGCCACUGUGGAAUGCUUCUGUCUAGCUGCUCAUCAGGUUGUAAAUGUGACAAUUCCUGCAUUAACAAACCAUUCCAGAACCGACCUGUGAAGAGAAUGAAACUUGUGCAGACUAAGAAAUGUGGUUUUGGAAUUGUGGCCCUUGAAGAUAUUAGUCAAGGAGAGUUUGUUAUAGAAUAUGUUGGAGAAGUUAUCGAUGACAAAACUUGUGAAACAAGGCUUUGGCAAAUGAAACACCGUGGAGAAACAAAUUUUUACUUAUGUGAGAUUAACCGAGAUAUGGUUAUUGAUGCCACUUACAAGGGUAACAAGUCAAGAUAUAUUAAUCAUAGCUGUUGCCCCAAUACCGAGAUGCAGAAAUGGAUAAUUGAUGGUGAAACAAGAAUUGGCAUAUUUGCCACACGUGACAUCAAGAAGGGCGAACAUCUAACCUAUGAUUAUCAGUUUGUGCAAUUUGGUGCAGAUCAAGAUUGCCAUUGUGGAGCUGUUGAGUGCAGAAGAAAACUGGGUGUAAAACCAACCAAACCAAAAAUGUCAUCGGAUGCUGCAUUGAAACUAGUGUGUCAGGUUGCUGUGUCCUCUCCCAAAUUAAAGGCAAUUCUAUCUGCAAAUGAUAAUGGAGAGCCGCAUAUAGGAAGUUCCCGCUCUGAUCUUAAGCAAGGAACUUGUUCUUACAAUUGCAUUGGUCAAGUGGUAAUGAUCAGUCACCCUAUGGAGACUAAUAGGUCAUUUGGGAUUAUCGAACGGUUUGAUGCAUAUUCCAAAAAACACUUGAUUAUGUAUGAAGAUGGUGAUAGUGAAUUUCUUGACAUGACAAAGGUGGAGUGGGAAAUUUUACCACAAUAAUGGUGAGUAUUGAAGGGCUUCGUUGAAGUGAAAAUGUCAUGAAUGAUAAGUAUAAAAAACAUUAAUAUGUUACUAUUAACUUUAAGUUGAUAAUGUCAACUUGUCUGUGUUGAGCAUUCUACUUUUGCAGGAAUGAAUAUCAUCCCAAGUUUGUGAAGCUUUGUCUAGGCAAUGUAGGCUUGGAGAAUUUGUAACAUUGUACUGAUAUUGAUAUACUGUUGCUGACUGACUGCUCAGUUGUUUGUUGUCUGUCUCAUAAAGCAGUGUAUUUUUGUCCAUGAAGAAUGCCUUAUAUUAAAUCAUUGUUUUACAUGCCAA